AUGCUACUUGCAAUCCGAAAUCUAUCCCGAUUUGUUUGGGUAAAUGUUCCAAAUAUGAAUAAAAAUGAAAUAGACUCCGAAAAAUUUGCCAUUCUUGAUCUUUUGGCAGGAUUCGCACUUGCUACCAAACAUUAUCUUCGAGAAGAAGAUGGUACAGAUGCUAUAAAGGUCAGUUUAGAUAUGAGACCAUUAGAGACUAAAGAAGGUGCAGAUAGUAAAUCUAGACUCAACAAAAUUUUAAAGCUUCUCCUAACAUAUAGAUCAAAGUCAUCACCGGAUAGAGGGCUGAACGAGCCUGAAAAGGUUGUUAAUUAUAAUUUGCCACUUGAGAUCACUUUGUACUUGAAUCAUUACAUCAGUCAAUUGAAAAGAAGGGUGAACGAAGACUUAAGACCAGAUGAUCCAUCGAUCACUCAAAUGUACGCAAACGUAAGCAUACUUGUAGACUGCUUAACAAACUUAGAGAGAGUUCUUAGAUCUCCAAUUCCUUUUGCAUACGCAGUUCACCUUUCACAAACAACUUGCAUAUUUUGUUUGUCUCUUCCAUUCCAAUUAGUUGGAGACCUUGAAUGGGUUACUGUGCCUAUAGUAUUUUUAGCUUCAGUCAUCUUACUAGGAGUCGAAGAGAUUGCAAAUGAGAUUGAAAAUCCAUUUGGUACAGAUCCGAAUGAUUUAAAACUUGACCAAUUCUGCGAACUUCUUGGUAUGGAGUUAGACUUUGUUAGGUCACAUAAUAAAAUAAAAAGUCAGUGGGAAGAAACAGCUAAGAGAGCAAAGACUUCAGAAUUUAAUGAAUCGAAUGAAUUAGAUAUUAAAAAAGAAUCUAAGGGGGAAAUUUCUGUCGUAACGGAGAAGUAA